AUGUCUAGAUUUGACCCGCGAGGUGCUGAGAAUCCACCCGCUAUGGACUCGCAACUGCCUGGCAACGCUUCCUCGUCCCGACAAUUGCCACAGUCACUCCCAGACUCAGGUCUACAGAGCAUAUUCGAUGCCGAAAUGCCUGGGGGCUGGGCGAUGGACGACCCCACCGCCGAUUGGAAUGCCUUGAACGAUUUCUAUUUUUGCUCAUCUGAGCCAACAGAUCUAGAUUGGCCCCAAUGGGCGGGUCUUGAAGCCACUCAGGGCCUCACGUCGCUUACCGGGGAGGACAAUGCAGAGCCUCAUACUUCACAUAUCUCAAACGAACCACUUAUGGUUUCACAAGUUGAGAGCUCUACAUCUGAACUCCAGUUCCGAAGCAUCGGGAAUGUUUCACAGUGGCUUGAUGGAGCCUAUCGGCCCCCAGUCCCUUGCAGCCAUUGUCGCAAACAUCGACUUCAGUGUCUGAUUUUACGCACUACAUCCGCCAAUCCAAAUCCAAUCACAUCGUGUUCGAGCUGUGUGGCUCUCUUUCGAGAAUGCAGUCUUGCUAAAGGAGAGAAACGGGUCGCGGCUGGCUUUGAGACAUACACCCCAGUUUUAGGCCAUCUACAUGGGCUGCCUGAACACACCGAGGACAAGGAUGGAGAUGUGACAUCGACUUUCUAUCAUGAGGAGGAACGGAAAGAAUCUAAGCAAUUCGUCCGAAAGGGAGCCCGGGUCUUACGAGACUGGUUCUAUCAGCAUCAGGAAUUUCCCUAUCCCGACGAUAAUGAAAAGGCCCAACUCUCUCGUGAAACGGGAUUUUCUCAAAAGCGAUUGUCAACAUGGUUUGCGAAUGCUCGCCGACGGCAAAAGCAGAAAAUUCAGUCGGCCAAUCUCUCAUCUGCCGCCUAUGCCCGGGCCGGCUCGCCUCUCGUUACCAGCACGCUGAGCUCAAUGACUCCUAUGGAGCGAUGGCAAGCAUCGCCACCAGAGGAUGAAUCGGUCCCUGAAUCUGUGAUUCAAGAAGCUAUUGCCUCGGGCGCCGGUGAAACUGAUGUUCUGAUGGACCCAUUCCAAUUUGAUGGCUCUCAUAUGGAUCUGCUCAACUUUGACCAGACAUCAUCCCACCUUGCAUCAUCUAUCUCAAGUUUGGGAAGCAGGGCUUCAGAAACUUCGGACAGCGUUUCAUCUGCAUGGAGCUAUCAUUCAGGUGGGGAGGGUAGAAGAGGUUCAUUCUCACGACUCCCACGGCCAGGGAAACCUCGUCGUCGAGGGCAUUCGCUCCAACGAUCCAACAGCGAAGAAAAUCAAUAUCAGUGCACCUUCUGCACGCAAUCAUUCAAAAAACGCCAUGAUUGGACCCGGCAUGAAAAGAGUGUGCAUCUACAACUGGACUCGUGGGUAUGCACACCCAAUCUCAUCGAAUUAGAGCAACGGUGGGGUGCUCAGCUCAUCGGUUGCUCAUUUUGUGAUGCCCCAUUCCCAGCAGCUGCUCACUGGGAGGAGCAUGAAUUUCACAUCUGUGCCGAGAAGCCUGUGGCUGAGCGCUCCUUCAGCCGGAAAGAUUAUCUUUGGCAACACUUGCGGAAGUUCCAUGCCUGCACCAAACUCCCGAUUCCAGAUCUUGACGCUUGGCGUGGCACAGGUACGAAUGUUCAAAGCCGGUGCGGAUUCUGCGAGAUUACCAUGCCUACAUGGGCUGUUCGAGCUCAGCACUUGGCUGAGCACUUCAAGAAUGGGGCACGCAUGGAUCAAUGGGUGGGUGACUGGGGCUUGGACUCGGCGACUAUGAGCGUCUUACGGAAUGCUGUUCUACCGUCGCAGCGGGCGAUAAUCAGUCCCCCAAUGUGA